CUUCGUGCAGGCGAGGUAGACGUAGCUUCAACUUGCUGGCUGUCGCCACCUCCCCUUCCGAUAUCGCCAGUCCAUCUACCACCAUGGCCUUUACCGAAAUCCCCGUGCUCGACAUCGCCGAAGCCCGUGCGGAGCACACGAAGCCGGCCUUCCUCAAGAAACUCCGCGAUGCGCUGUUGAACGUCGGCUUCCUGUACAUCGCCAACGCCGGCAUUGAGCAAGACCUGUACGACCGGGUAUGCGAAGCCGGGAUCCGCUUCUUCGAUCUCCCCGAGGCGGAGAAGCUGCGCAUCGAGAUGAAGAACGAGCGCAGCUUCCUAGGCUACUCGCGCCUCGGGAAUGAAAUCACCGCGCACAAAGCCGACUGGCGCGAGCAAAUGGACAUCAGCACGCCGCAGCCUCUCCCCAAGCCCACCGACCCGCUGUACUACAACCUCCUCGCUCCCAACCAAUGGCCGCAAGACGCGCUCCUCCCCGGCUUCCGCCAGCUGUACGAGCAGUACAUGGCGCAAAUGUCGGACGUGAGCAUCUUCUUCAUGCGCCUGAUUGCCGAGUCCCUCGACCUGCCGCCCACCGCCUUCGACCCCUUCUUCGACGCCAAUCAGCAGCACAAGCUGAAAAUCGUCAAGUACCCGGACUCCGGCGAGGGCGCCGGCCAAGGCGUCGGCCCGCACAAGGACUCCAUGCUGACCUCGUACUUGCUGCAAGCGAGUCCGCACCGCGGCUUGCAGGCGCAAAACACGCACGGCGAAUGGAUCGAUGUGCCGCCCAUCCGCGGCACCCUCGUCGUCGCCAUCGGCCAAGGCCUGGAAGCCCUAACCGGCGGCGUGUGCGCCAGCACCACCCAUCGCGUCGUCUCGCCGGCCGCAGGCCAGGGCCCGCGCUACAGCAUCCCCUUCUUCCAAGGCGUGUCCUACGACGCCAAAUUCGAAUCCAUGGACGUGCCGGCCCACGUGCGCGCACUCCGGCAGGAAGUGCUGGACAAAGAAGGCGGGCGCAAGGACGACGUGGAAUUCACAUUCGUCAAAGGCAAGUGGGCGCAUUUGGGCGAGGCGACGCUGAUGAAUCGCAUCAAGAGCCAUCCGGACGUCAGCGAGCGCUGGUACCCCGAUUUGCUGCGGAGUUUGCGCGCCGCGCAGGCAGAGCAGGCGAGUUUGGACGGCGCGUCGGAGUCGAAGGCUUUUGGGAGUGCGGGUGCGGCGAAGCAGCCCAUCCAGGCGCAUUGAAUCUCGAGGUCUGUUGGGGGCGAAUUAGAAUGUGAUGGGUCCCUAACUCAACGACUUGAUUUUUUGGGGGGUGGCUAAUGGUACAAAUAUUAUUUACAAUGGGGGCAUCAACUUCGUGCAUGGGGCAUCUCAAAUAGAGCAGAAUCUCUAUCGCUCACUCGCUCUCUGUGAUCGGGUG